CACAAGUUAAAAGUGGUUAGUCUCGGAAGAUGAACGUUUCAAUCGACGCACUUAACCCCCAGUGCGCAGCACAUAGCCUUGGUCCAGCAAAUAUUGCUAUAAAUACUUUACUACAAACAUUAUUAGCCGCUCAAUGUGGACUCACCGGUUAUCAAAAAUGGCCUGAAGAUUAUGGUCCUCAUUAUAUUAACAAAGGAAGCGAGAUCUUCGAUUUUAUUGUAAUUGGAGGUGGAACAGCGGGUUCCGUAGUCGCAGGACGACUUAGUGAAAAUCCAGACUAUCGAGUUCUAUUAAUUGAAGCAGGGGAUGAUCCUCCUACCGAAUCAGAAAUUCCAGGUAUGCUUUAUGAGAUUGAAGGAGCUAGAGUUGACUGGAACUAUACAACGAAACCUAACUACAUGUCAUGCCUAGAUUUUCCAAAAAGCUUUUGCCCCUGGGCGCGAGGAAAAAUGUUGGGUGGUUGCUCAGCUAAUAACGCUAUGCUGUUUAUUCUAGGAAACCGAAGAGAUUUUGAAAAUUGGGAAAAGAUGGGAAACCCAACAUGGGGAUGGGAUAAUGUUUUCGAGCAUUUUCGUAAAUUGGAAGAUUAUAAAGCUCCGAAUCAAUAUCAUGCACAUGGAACCAAAGGUCCAUUAGUAGUGGAUCGAUUUAAGGGAGGAUUACGAGAAAUAAAAAGAUUGAUCAUUCGCGCGGCCAAAGAAGGCGGGUAUGAAUCUGUUGAUGAUUUUCGUGAUGGACAUUAUUUAGGUUAUGGACUGAUGAAUGGUUUGAUAAUAAAUGGACAACGAAAUACACCCGCCAAAGCUUUCCUACAGAAUAGUAAACCAAACCUCGUAGUAGUCAAAAAUGCAGUUGCCACCAAAAUCAAUUUCGAUAAAGAUAAAAAUGCUCAUUCAGUCACUUCCGUAUACACCGAUAAAGAUAGCGUUCGUCACCAGUUGACAGCGGAAAACUCUAAAGAAAUUAUUUUGAGUGCUGGCACCAUAGAGACACCGAAAUUGCUCAUGUUGUCUGGGAUAGGUAGUCGAAAGCAUCUAGAAUCUUAUGGUAUCCCCAUAAUAAGUGAUCUACCAGUCGGCGAAAACCUUGAAGAUCAUGUCACUGUUGUGCUUCCUUUCAAAAUUAAAACAAAUACAAAUCAAUCUAAAGAUACAUUAUAUAGUUACCUUAUGCAUCGAUCAGGAUAUUUCUCCGGUGUAAAUGUGCUAGAUGCAGCCGGUUUCGUAGAUGUCCGCAAUGAAACAGGAUUAUACCCUUCAAUACAAAUCCACCAUUUCUGGUUCCAGAAGAAUGCCAAUCCAAUCGAAUUUGGAAUACUCGGCUCAUUGCCACAGUUUUUUAAAGGCGACGUACAAGAAACUGAAAUCCUGGCCAUGAUGUUCGUUCUAAUAAAUCCAAAGUCGAAGGGAUACAUCAAAUUAAAAAGUACAGAUUAUCUUGAUCAACCGGAAAUAUUUCCAAAUUAUUUGUCUGAGUAUGAUGAUGUCAGGCUUCUUCGUCAAGCAAUCAGGCUCGGAAUAAAACUUGAGAAGACACCUAUCUUUAGAAAGUACGGCAUGGAACUUUACCGAAUAAACCACCCCAAAUGCGAUGAUUUCUGUUUCGACACAGAUGAAUAUUGGGAUUGCUACAUAAGACAUACCAACAACAUAAUUUAUCAUCCAACUGGUACUGCCAAAAUGGGGCCAAUAGAAGAUGAAGGAACUGUCGUUGACUCUAGACUUCGAGUUAAAGGUGUGGGAAGACUACGGGUAAUCGAUGCUAGCAUUAUGCCGAAAAUCGUGAGUGCCAACAUACAGGCGACUGUAGCUGUGAUUGGAGAAAAAGGGGCUGAUUUCAUCAAGGAGGACUGGAACAAUUGA